AAGAAAAGAGAAAAGCACGCCAAAGAAGAAAAAGGAGACGUGGAAGAUUGGUCAUGUGAAUAUCUGGUGUCGCCCGCUGCAAACAAAAAAGCGUUCUGUUUAUGUGAAAAAAAUUGACUCAAUAACAAUAAUCUAUGGAAGCGAUGGUGCAGUUGCUUAUGGGACACACGUAAAUAAAAGAGAAGCAAACAUUUUCUAUCUCUUUUUGUUUUCUUUUAUAAAAACUAUCUCAGCUUUUCCCUUCUCUUAUGCUUCCCAAACAUCCUUUCAAGAACAGCCCCAAUAAGGUGUAGGUAUCUUGAAUUGAAGUGAAGCGUCUGGAUUUGUUUAAUUGGAGGAAAUAUCAUUUUAAUACAGUUAAUUUGAUUUGAUAAGCAUCACGUCUAUGGGAACUUCUGAGGCAGUUCUGCACGUUUUAUCUGGGGCUGUCCCUCGGCUUUUUAGUAGUGAUCUUUGUUCUAGCAAUUUGGAUUUAGUAUUUUCUUCUAAAUACCACAUUAAGUCUGUGAACAAAAAAGGCUCGAGUUAUAUGCAACGCUUCAAGUGUUCGAGAUUGGCGAGAUGUCAAAUAGGAAGCUAUAUGUGUAAGCCAUUAGGUGGCGGUUUGUAUGGGAAUAGGGCAAUUGGUAGAUUGAAGCUUCUUAGAUGCAAAUGCGAGCGGGCUGAAAGUGUGAGUGGAGUAGGUAUGGAUGAAGGAAAUGGGGCAUGGUUUGUAGAUAGUGCAAAGAAAUUAAAUCUUAAUGGUUCAAUAAACUCACCAAACAUUCUGGAGUUUGAUGCUGUUGAGCAGUUGAAGAGGGAAAAGGAAGGGUUGACGUCUAAUGGUACAGUUGGAACUGGCACAAGUACCUUUCACAAGGCUAGUGUAGAUUCUAUUGAGGAUGAAGCAUGGGAGUUGCUGCGGGACUCUAUGGUUUACUAUUGUGGCAGUCCUAUUGGAACAAUUGCUGCCAACGACCCCACAAGUUCCAAUGUGUUGAAUUACGAUCAAGUCUUUAUUCGUGACUUUAUACCUUCUGGUAUUGCUUUUCUAUUAAAAGGAGAGUAUGACAUUGUUCGGAACUUCAUCCUCCAUACACUUCAGUUACAGAGCUGGGAAAAAACAAUGGACUGUCAUAGCCCUGGUCAGGGAUUGAUGCCUGCAAGUUUUAAAGUGCGCACAGUUCCUCUUGAUGGUGAUGAUUCAGCAACAGAGGAGGUAUUGGAUCCUGACUUUGGAGAAGCAGCUAUUGGCCGUGUUGCUCCUGUUGAUUCUGGAUUGUGGUGGAUUAUAUUAUUACGGGCAUAUGGAAAAUGCUCUGGCGAUCUUUCAGUUCAGGAGAGAGUUGAUGUCCAAACUGGAAUCAAGAUGAUUCUACGGCUCUGUCUUGCUGAUGGUUUUGAUAUGUUUCCUACGUUAUUGGUGACAGAUGGUUCUUGUAUGAUAGAUCGUCGCAUGGGGAUUCAUGGACACCCUCUGGAAAUUCAGGCGCUUUUUUAUUCAGCAUUACUUUGUGCACGUGAAAUGCUUACUCCAGAGGAUGGAUCAGCUGAUCUUAUUCGAGCACUUAAUAAUCGUCUUGUUGCUCUGUCAUUUCAUAUCAGAGAAUAUUAUUGGAUUGAUAUGAGAAAACUUAAUGAAAUUUACCGUUACAAGACUGAAGAGUAUUCAUAUGAUGCUGUUAAUAAGUUCAAUAUUUAUCCGGAUCAAAUUUCUCCUUGGUUGGUGGAAUGGAUGCCUAAUAAAGGAGGCUUUCUGAUUGGGAACUUACAACCAGCUCAUAUGGAUUUCCGAUUCUUUUCUCUAGGAAAUUUGUGGGCCGUUGCUAGUGGUCUUGCAACAACUGAUCAGUCACAUGCUAUAUUGGAUCUCAUCGAAGCUAAAUGGGCAGAUUUGGUGGCCGACAUGCCAUUUAAGAUCUGCUACCCAGCUCUUGAAGGUCGGGAGUGGCAGAUCAUUACAGGCAGUGAUCCCAAGAACACGCCUUGGUCCUACCACAAUGGUGGUUCGUGGCCGACUUUACUGUGGCAGCUCACAGUCGCAUGCAUGAAGAUGAAUAGACCAGAAAUUGCUGCAAAGGCUAUAUCAGUUGCUGAGAAACGCAUAUCUAGGGACAAAUGGCCCGAAUACUAUGAUACUAAAAAGGCAAGGUUUAUUGGAAAACAAUCACACCUGUUCCAGACCUGGUCUAUUGCUGGAUAUCUUGUGGCAAAACUUCUGCUUGCAGACCCAAAUGCAGCAAAGAUUUUGACAACUGAAGAGGAUUCUGAACUUGUCAAUGCCUUCUCCUGCAUGAUUAGUGCUAACCCAAGAAGAAAACGAGGUCCAAAGAGCUUGAAGCAGACAUACAUAGUUUGAGUUCUCUAAAUUGUGUGCAUACCUGAUUUAUGGUACAUUUAUUGUCUCCAAUGGUCGUAAUUUGGAAUUGGCUGUUGAAGUGUAAUAUGUAUAUCAUUUUUCUUUUGAUUUAUUCAAUUUAGUCAAGCUUAAUUGGUGGAACAACCAUAUAGAUGUAUCAAAAUUUCUUAUGUAAAGAUUGUUUCUCUGAUUUAGGGUAAUAGGUAGUACUGUAACGUAUUGUUGUACUCUGGACGGAUCCAAUGGGAACUCUUCUUUUGUCAAACUGUUAUAUAUAUGAAUAUAGUGAAUGUAUGUCAUAAGUUUUUAAAUGUAAAUCGAAGAACAUUAUAUCUA